AUGAACUACACCUAUGAAUGCUGUAAGAAGAAAGAGAACAGUCACACUGUAUGUAUGAGAUGUUUUAGUCAUUUUCAUCUGAGCUGUCUGGAAAGGAAGAAAUCAGCUAAAGUAGUGGAUGGAGGAAGUUGCUUAUGUUCUAUAGAAUGCCAGAGAAGUUACAAACGUGAGGAAGAAGAGAAAGUUUUACAAGUGAAGAAACUGAAGGAGUAUACCCAGAAAAUUAAGAACUUGGAGGAGAACAUUUUUCACAUUGAAGAGGAGAACGAGAUAAAGGUGAAAGAGUUGUCAGACCAAAUGGAUAAAAUGAGUCUGUUGGGUAUUGAACGGGAAAACCAAAUAAGAACUCUUAGAAGGAAUAGUGAAACUUUCGAAAACGAAGUUUUUCUAUCGGAGAGUGAAUAUGAGGCGAAGAUUAAGGCAUUAGAGAAGAGUGAGAAAGAACUGCACGAAAAAUUGCAGGCUUCUGAGAAUAUGGUCGCUAGUAUACUGGAGGAUUUGAAUGCCAGCAGAGAGAUUGGAAAGGAGUUAAGGGAUGAGGUAAACAAAUUGAAAAUUACAAAUCAGACCCUUGUCAGUAAAAUAAAGGAUCUUGAUGAAGAAAAUGAAAGGAAUAGAGAAGAUGUACAGACCAAAUCAGAGGAGAUUGAAAAACUAAAUGAAGACUUGAAACAAUUGAAGAAAGAAGAACAAAAUUUUGAGAAGGCCCCAACCCAUAAAAACGAUCGAGAGGAACAGGGACAAUAUAUGUGUGAAGGAGGAAUUUCGGAUGAGAAUUUGCUGAAACUGGAAAAAAGAUUAUAUGGGAGAUUACUAUUACAGUUACGAGAGAAUUUAUUACCUGAAAUAGAAGGUAAGAAGACAAAACCAAAGGAUGUAGACGACUGCAAAAAGGCACACUCCAAAGAUAAAGAUGAUGGUGAAAAAACACAACCCAGAAAGAAAGAUGACAACAAAACAGCUCCAACUAAAAACUACGCUGAUGUGAUCAAAAAAUCUGAGACCAGGAAUGUUAAAAACAAACAGGAAUAUAUAACACCACGAAUAGUUAUAAAUGAAGAACAGACCGUUUUAUCUGAAAAAGAAGAUCACCUGAGGAAGAAUAAGGUUAGAGAAGAUUUUUGGACAACAGUGGGAAAUCAAAGGAAGAGGUCACGAAAUAGGAGUGCGAUAGAGGGAAAUAGUGACAUUGUUAAUCUGCCACCAGAUGCAGUUUUCACCAGUGCUGAAAAGAAAGCCUGGCUUUAUGUGGGCAGAGUGAGCUUAAAGGCAACGGAGGAUAACAUCAAAAACUUCCUUGUCCAAAAAUUUCCAAACAGGGAGUUCACAGUUAAUAUGUUGCCCAAAAGAGAGGAUGCUGGUUGUAUCGCUUUCAAGGUUUCAACCGACAUCUCGUUGAUCAAUGAAUUACAGAAACCAGAAAUAUGGUCUCAGGGAGUUCUCAACCUUAGAGAACAAACAUGGGGGAGUGCCAUAUAUGCCAGAGAUGGUUUAUUAGGGAAAGUAAGAAAAGAAGCCACAGAGAACUCAGUAGAAAAUCACAUUGAGAUUUCAGCUUGCGAAUUUAAGAUCAACAAGACAAAGAUCAUUGUAUCAGCAGUAUACAGACCACCAAGUGGAGAUUUCGAGACAUUCCUACAAAGACUAGAAAAACUGGUAGCACUCUUCACAAAUGAGGCUAAUAAAACGGUGAUAAUAGCGGGUGAUUUCAACGUAAACUUUGUCAACAAGGAUAGCAUUGAAAGAUUACAAAUGUGCUCAAUGCUCAAUUCCUAUGGUGUAUACCAUACAAUUAGCGAAAACACUCGCAUAACUGAAACAGCAGCAUCUUGUGUGGACAAUGUUCUAGUUAACAGGUGUAGUAUUUCGGGGGAAAUCCUUCACUCACAGAUUUCUGACCAUACCGCACAAAAACUUACAGUUACUAUUGGCAAGACAGAGACCAAAAAAGUAAUGAGGAGAAUUUUCAAUCAAGAAAACAUUGAUACUUUCCUAAAUGCCUUAGGAAGUUUAGAAUGGAUGGAAAUUCGCGAAAUAGAUGAAAGAGACGUUAAUGGACAAUGGAAAUGGUUUAUGAAGUUGUAUCUGGCAUGUUUCAAUGGAUGUUUCCCACUCAAGAGGAUCACACUAGGAAGUAGGCAAAGGAGAAGAAUGGAUCCAGAGGUGGCAGAGUGCAAAAACAGACUGGAUAUUCUCUAUACAGUAAGUAGUGUUAAUGGAAUGUAUAGGAAUACUUAUCGAGAGACUAAGAAGGAGUACAACAGGAAGCUGAAAGAAAGCAGGUCCAAACGAUACCAAGAAAGAUUGGUCGAAUCAGAUAACAAACAGAGAACCACAUGGAAUAUAGUAAAGGAUAUCAGAGGGACAGUAAACACGAGAAAUAAACAAGUUGAUGGAGAUCCCAAGACUGUGGCUGACCGUUUUAAUGAUUUUUUAAUAACUUCAAUCAGAGAUCUGGUAUCAACAAUGAAUCCACAAUCCUAUACAAGUAAAAUCAAGAGGAACAGUAUAUCCAUAUUCCUACACCCUGCAACUCCAGAGGAGGUGAUGAAGGUCGUUAAAAACCUAAAAAACAAGAUGAGUGCAGGUAGUGAUGAGGUCCCAACAAGGAUAAUGAAAUUGAGUAUAGAAAGCAUAGUGGACAUUGUGACAUAUAUUUUGAAUAAUUCCUUGAAGUGUGGACUCUUCCCGGAUGGUUUGAAGUUGGCCAAGAUAAGACCAGUUUAUAAAAAGGGUGAUCAAGAUAAACUGGAAAACUAG